AUGGCCAGGCCACCGUCCAGCUCUGCAGGACGACCCUACACCGCCGACAGACCAUACUCGGCGCGUCCGACCACCGCGGGGGCCUAUUUCGACCAUGAUCCGCAGUUUACUUAUUCCCAGGACCAGCACUAUACCAUCGACGAGGACGAAGAUGAAGAGUCCGAGGCAGAGGACGUCUUUGCCUUUGGCCCUCCCCCCACCGCACCCGAACCAUCACCCCACGACGACCAUCUCUACACCAUCCCUGACACCCCCGUCUCGCCAGCCUUCCCCACCUCGCUCAUAGCAUCUGCUCCAAUAACCUUCCCCCCGCCUACCUUCGAUUUUUACGCGCGAGAGCAUCAUCCCGUUCCCAUCCCUGGCCCUUCGACCGUGCAUCCGCGUCAUCCUUAUCCUCUCAGCCCCGUCGAAACACCCCCGUCGACCGACUCUCAAUCUCACGAUGACGACCCAUAUCGCCUCCGCCGACUUAGCCGACCAUCUUCCUCCCCCCUGGUUGGCGUAAAACCGGGCAGGUUCUCUGGAAUCACCUCCGCUCUCGGUUCCAGAGGUGCCCAUAUAUCCCUUUCUGACGCGAAGGAGAAGUAUAGGGAAACCUCUGAGGAUACAGACUUCAAAGGCAUCUCUCCUACGCCCGGGUCUGUCAGCUUCUCCAGCAUGUUGGAUGUCGAUAGCCAAGAGGGCUCUGUCAAAAUGGACUAUGACUUUAACGAGAUCGAGGAGGAGGAUAGCCCAUAUCCUGAAGUAAGAGCCUCGGUAUCAAACAUCGAUGACCCCGAGAUGCCAGUAUUAACUUUGAGGAUGUGGGUUUUGGGCAUUUUACUAACCGUCGUAUCUGCGGCUGCGAAUAUGUUCUUCAACGUUCGUCAGCCGGCUCCGAGUAUCACAGCGACUCUUCUCGUCCUCAUCUGCCACCCAGUGGGCAAGCUUCUUGCGGACUGGCUUCCCAUUCAGACUUACCGUCUUCCGCGCUGGCUUGGGGGUGGUGAGGUCUCCCUCAAUCCAGGACCUUGGAAUAUCAAGGAACAUGCAUUGGUUUACAUGAUGGCCAAUGUUGCAACCGGUCCUCCAUUUGCUAUUCAGGCUACUAUCUCCUUUCAGAUCAAUUAUAAUGUCAACUAUGGAUAUUGGUUCAACGUUCUGCUCGUCCUUGCAACACAACUUACGGGCCUCGGUCUGGCAGGAAUGUGCAAGCGAUUGUUGGUCUGGCCAGCAAGUCUCGUCUGGCCGCAGAACCUGAUUGUCUGCACUUUGCUCAAUUCUCUCCACGCCGAGAACGAUACUAGUGGUGGUCUCUCAAGGUUCCGUUACCUGGUAUAUGUCGGCACUGCAGCUUUUGUCUUCUACUUUCUUCCAGGCUAUCUAUUCACCGCCUUAUCGGUCUUUUCGUGGGUUUGCUGGAUCGCUCCCAAUAACGUACCCGUCAAUCAAAUGUUCGGGAUUGAAUCAGGACUUGGAAUGGGUAUUCUCACCUUCGACUGGACUCAGAUCAGCUGGAUCUCUAGUCCGCUCAUGGUACCAUGGUGGGCACAGGCUCAGGUUUUUACUGGCUUCGUGUUAUUCUACUGGAUCGCCACGCCUGCCUUGUACUAUACCAACGUUUGGGACCUCGCGUACUUCCCCAUGCUAUCUAACUACUUAUACGACAGAUUCGGCGAGCCAUACAACGUUAGUUUGGUCCUCGACAGUCAGGCAAAUCUCAAUCAAACUGCGUAUGAUAACUACUCACCAUUAUAUCUUCCUGCUGCGUACGCCAUGACGUAUCUCAUGUCCUUCGCGUUAUCGACGUGUGUCAUUGUACACACUGUCCUGUACCACGGUCAGACUAUCUGGAGGUCGUUGAAGCGUCUCCAAGGUGAAGAGGACGACAUACACGCAAAGCUGAUGCGUUCGUAUCCCGAGGUGCCGCAAUGGUGGUAUGCAAUAUCGUUCCUUGGGCUCGGCUGUUUGGGUAUCAUUGCAUUGGAGGUUUGGCACACGGGCGCGCCCAUCUGGUUCCUCUUACUAGCAUUGGCAAUUCCUAUUGUUUACAUCAUUCCUUCCGGAUAUGUCUAUUCAAUUAGUGGUCAAGACGUUGCUAUCAAUAUCCUUGCCCAAGUUGUCCCUGGGGUGCUUUUACCAGGAAAACCUAUCCCUAACAUGAUCUUCAAAUCGUUUGCUUUGCAAACAUUGUAUGAGGGUGUUCGAUUCAUGCAAGACAUGAAACUUGGCCACUAUAUCAAGAUACCGCCACGGGCGACUUUCGCAGUGCAACUUACGUCGACUAUGAUGGCGGGGUUCGUUCAAUGCGGCAUGCAACAGUGGAUGUUUGAGAGUGUGCCCGACAUAUGCACUCCUCAUCAGAAGUACGCUCUGACCUGUCCACACAACGAAGUCUUCUACGAGGCCUCAGUAAUCUGGGGAGUCAUCGGUCCUACACGUCAAUUCGGCUCGGGCUCUAUUUAUCACCCAGAGUUGUAUGCUUUAAUUGUUGGUGUCUUCCUCCCUAUCCCUUUCUGGUUAUGGAUUCGACAUUACCCCGACUCGAUCGUCCGCUAUAUCAACAUGCCUAUCGUCUUGACUAGUAUUUCAUCCAUUCCCCCGGAGACUGGUAUCAAUUACUCGUCUUGGUUCCUGGUCGGAUUUAUUUUCCAAUAUUGGAUCCGACGGCGGCACUUUGCUUGGUGGAGCAAGUUCAACUAUGUGACGAGUGCUGCGCUGGAUAGCGGUACUGUUAUUUCCUUGCUUGUAAUAUUCUUUACGCUGGAGUUCCCGAAGGGCGGUAUCAGCAUCAGCUGGUGGGGAAACAACGUAUGGCAAAACACUGCGGACUACAGAGGGACGCCCUUCAAGCCAACGCCACCAGGCGGUCUGACAUAG